UAUAUUAACUAGAUUUUGUCCCUGUUGCAUGUGAUUUAUAUUAUCAUUGUGUUAAAAGAAUAUCCGCUUCAUUAUUCCUGCCAUCCAAAAAUAGAUGUACUAUAGUUAUGUCGAGGAAUUACAUAAAAGAGCUUUUGAAGCCUUUUCGUGAGAGUAAACUGUUUGAAGGAUUAUCGAAGUGGCUGGCGCCGUCGUCGGGAGGUAGCGCUGGAGUGGUUAGAGGCAGGGAAAAUGAGGUGCCGGCUGGACGGGCGGGCUCGGCGGCCUACAGCACGGGUGUUCGGAGAGUAACGCUGAUUCCUGGCCACGGAAUUGGACCAGAGAUCACUGUAGCCGUGCAGAAAAUAUUUGAAGCAGCCAAAGUGCCUAUCGAGUGGGAUGAGGUGGACGUCACAGCUGUUAGAGGGCCCGAUGGCAAAUUUGGUAUUCCACAGAAAGCUAUAGAUUCAGUGAAUACUAACAAGAUUGGUCUCAAGGGUCCAUUGAUGACCCCAGUGGGUAAAGGCUACAGAUCUCUCAACUUGGCACUUAGGAAAGAAUUUGACUUAUAUGCCAAUGUCCGGCCGUGCAAGAGUUUAGAUGGAAUCAAAACCCUAUACGACGAUGUAGACGUGGUGACGAUCAGAGAGAACACAGAAGGUGAAUACUCCGGUAUCGAGCACGAGAUCGUGGACGGCGUGGUCCAGUCCAUCAAGCUGAUCACCGAGGAGGCCAGCAAGCGGGUCGCCGAGUUCGCCUUCCAAUUCGCCACAGAAAACAACAGAAAGAAGGUCACGGCCGUCCAUAAAGCGAAUAUUAUGCGCAUGUCGGACGGUCUGUUCCUGCGGUGUUGCCGAGACGUCGCCACCAAGUACCCGGACAUCAAGUUCGAGGAGCGCUACCUGGACACCGUCUGCCUCAACAUGGUCCAAGACCCCUCCAAGUUCGACGUCCUGGUGAUGCCCAACUUGUAUGGUGAUAUCAUGUCAGAUAUGUGCUCCGGACUGGUGGGCGGGCUUGGUCUGACGCCGUCAGGCAACAUCGGCAAGAACGGUGCCUUAUUCGAAUCUGUACACGGGACAGCGCCAUCUAUCGCCGGACACGACAAGGCCAAUCCUACGGCGUUGCUCCUCUCUGGUGUGAUGAUGCUACGUCAUUUACAACUAUACAGUUUCGCGGACAAGAUAGAAAGUUCGUGCUUCAAAGUACUGAGCGAGGGGAGGAUACUCACUGAAGACUUGGGUGGAAACAGCAAAUGUUCAGAGUAUACAGAUGAAAUUAUAAGAAAUUUAGAGUAAAAUGAUUGGUGCGUUUUGAUCACUGUAUUCUAUUUAAACAGACAAGUUGAUAAAUUGUAAUGAAAUAUUCUCACGACGGUAAUCUCAUUAGAUUUGCUAUACAUUCAGAAAUUUGUAGACUUUGCCAGAACGUAGAAAAAAUUAUAAGACGUCCAUUGUAUAGAUUUAUUUCUUCCCAUCCAUAAAAAUCGUUGUAUUCAUAUUUAUUUAUUUAUUUAUUAGUACAAAUAUGUGUACAUGGCGGACUUAAUGGUAAAAGCAUUCACUCCCAGUCAACCAUAGGGAAGUGUCAGAAUAUUCGAAUGCGGUACUACUAAUUAUUGAUGUACAUACAUACUAAAAUUACAUAUAUAAACGAAUAAAUAUAUAUGAAUAACAAAUAUACUUACACAUAUAUGACAUAUACUACAUUAUACACGAUAUUGAGAAUAAUAUAAAGCACUUACUGCUCGGAUAAAGUAAAAAAGUGAGCGUGAACGUUCAUAUAAUGGUCAGUAUUGUUUUUUUUUUUAUAAUUUUUACACAAUUUUAUUUAUUGAUCUGAUAGUAAUGUAUUAAUAUAAUCGGGCUGGUUACCCAAACAUAUGGAUCUUGUGAAUUUGUGAUUAUGUUGAUUUAAAUUUAGUAAAAUUUUAUGUCAAAGGCAUUGUUUUUCUUCUGUGUCGUGACACAUAUGAGGUAAGUAAGGUACUCGAUGUGUAUAUUAUUUAACAGUAUUAUAAAAUUUUAAUAUUUUAGCUAUUGUCUAUGGAUUUAAUUUUUAUCUCUCACUGAGUUGUUUUAAAUUUCCAAUUGCUCACGAAAUUGUACAGGUGGCAAAAUAAAUAAAUCUGUGUUCAACAAAUUAUAAUAUAAAUUGAAAAACAAUACCAAUCUUUUAGGUUUAAUAUAAAAGGUAACCGAAGUAGUUUGCAUGUACAUUACAGAAAUAGAUAUAAUUUAUAGAAGUAAUAAUGCAAACUGUAGCAACUGCUUGUGUUGUCAAAUGACACAUCGGACGAUUUGCAUAAUUUCUACUUGAUGUUUAAAUUUCAACUGUUUUAUUGUGAAGUGAAGUAAUUAAUAUCUUUAUUUCCUCUAUAAUAAGAGAUUAUCGGCUUUUGUUUUACUUUAUUUGAUCAAGUGACUUUUGGAAUAAUUUCAGCAACACCGCAUGUUGAGUAUUUAUAAUGAACUAAGAUCUAUAUUUAGGAUAUGCUUGUAUGAUACCAAACUGUAUUUAUUUUCACCAAAUCGAGCGACUUCUAUAAGGAACUGGAGUCCAAAUUACUAUUAUAAUUAUGUACUAAUAUUAUAAAUAUAAAUUUUGUACGUUUGUUCAUAAUUACAGAUUAAUAGAAUGGAUUUGAAUGAAAGGGAGACAUUGUACAAAAGUCGAUUGCUUGGCUACCUCUGUCCCAUUCGUGUUUCUACCGUGAAGCAGUUGUGUUUGCAUGGCUGUGUUUCGGUUUGAAGGGUGGGAUAUGGCGUGAAUUUACAGGGCACAGAGGAAUAACACCUGAGUCCUUAGGAAUGGCAACGCAUGGGGGGGGUAUCAUGGGCGAAACAGUAUACUCUGUUAUGUCCAUGGUACUGCUCAUG